UUAAUAAUCAUCCUUUUCAAAAUCCUAUUUUUCAGAUAACAAUCAUUCACCUUCUUCUUACCGGAGGUUUCAACAAUGGCGGAGUUCUCAAAACCUCCAUUAAUGGCGGCAGCCAUGUUGAUGGCCGUCGUGCUAGUUUUAUCAAGUAUCGUAGCAGAAUCGAAGUUCAUGGUGUAUAAUACGACGGCGAAAAUAGUGCCGGAAAAACUCAAUGUUCAUUUAGUUGCUCACACUCAUGACGAUGCUGGUUGGUUGAAAACUGUUGACCAAUACUACGUUGGCUCGAAUAAUUCUAUUCAGGGAGCAUGUGUCCAGAAUAUUCUGGACUCGUUGAUUCCGGCGUUAUUGGCUGAUAAGAAUAGGAAGUUCAUAUAUGUUGAGCAGGCGUUUUUCGAGCGGUGGUGGAGAGAGCAGAGCGAGGGAAUGCAAGACAUUGUCAAGGGUUUGGUCAAAUCUGGUCAAUUAGAAUUCAUAAAUGGGGGCAUGGUCAUGCAUGAUGAGGCAGCGACACACUACAUUGACAUGAUUGAUCAAACAACACUUGGACACCAAUUUCUUAAGAAUGAAUUUGGGGUGAUACCGAGAGUUGGUUGGCAAAUUGAUCCCUUUGGACAUUCAGCUGUACAAGCUUAUUUGUUGGGAGCAGAGGUUGGAUUUGAUUCAUUAUUUUUUGCAAGAAUAGACUACCAAGACAGGGAGAAGCGUAUGGCUGAGAAGAGCCUUGAAGUUGUCUGGCAGGGCUCUAAGAGUCUUGGGGCGACUGCUCAGAUCUUUACUGGUGCCUUUUGGCAAGGCAACUAUGAACCUCCAGAUGGUUUUCAUUUUGAAGUUAAUGAUGAUUCUCCAGUUGUCCAGGAUGACCCUACCUUGUUUGACUACAACGUUCAAGAUCGAGUGAAUGCCUUUGUUGCUGCUGCAUUAUCACAGGCAAAUGUUACUCGAACAAAUCAUAUUAUGUGGACCAUGGGAACAGAUUUCAAGUACCAAUAUGCUCAUACAUGGUUCCGGCAGAUGGACAAGCUGAUUCAUUAUGUUAAUUUGGAUGGACGUGUCAAUGCACUUUACUCAACCGCAUCAAUGUAUACUGAUGCAAAAUAUGCAGCUCAAGAAUCCUGGCCAACAAAAACUGCUGACUUCUUCCCAUAUGCAGAUAGAAUUAAUGCAUACUGGACUGGAUACUUUACUAGCAGACCAACUUUGAAGCGUUAUGUUAGGGAGAUGAGUGGCUACUAUAUGGCUGCAAGACAACUGGAAUAUUUUAUAGGAAGGAGUAAAUCAGGUCCAAAUAAUGAUGCAUUAGCAGAUGCUUUAGCUAUAGCUCAACACCAUGAUGCUGUUACUGGUACUGAAAAGCAGCAUGUAGCUAAUGAUUAUGCAAAAAGACUUUCAAUUGGUUAUCAAGAGGCUGAGAAAGUGGUUGCAUCAUCAAUUGGAUGCUUGACUCAAUCUUCCCCUGCUACUGGUUGUCAGAACCCAACGACUAAGUUUCAGCAGUGUCCCCUGAUGAAUAUAAGUUACUGUCCUGCAUCAGAAACUAAUCUCUCUCAUGGAAAAAAACUGAUUGUGGUAGUCUAUAAUCCUCUUGGAUGGAAGAGAGAAGAUAUUAUUCGUAUACCUGUCAAGAAUGAAGAUGUUGUAGUUCGUGAUUCUGAAGGAAGAGAGAUAGAGUCACAAAUUUUUCCCAUUUCUGAUGUGCAAUUGGGCAUAAGUAACUUCCAUGUGGCAGCAUACUUGGGGAUCACUGUAGGAGAUGCACCUAAGUAUUGGCUCGCAUUUGCAGCUUCUGUACCACCUCUUGGUUUCAGCACUUACACUGUUACUGGUGUUAAAGGUGUUAAGCUGACAAAAUCAUAUGUUUACACUUCUCAAGGGGAUAUGAAAUUUGAUAUUGGUUUGGAAACUUUGAAAUUUACUCUCUCUGAAGAGAAUGGAAAAUUGACGUAUCAUAAUAAACAGAAAAGCUUGGGCAAGAAGUCUGUGGAAGUGUCCUAUGGUUUUUAUCCAGGAUACAACGGAACUGACAAAGAUACUCAGGCUUCCGGGGCUUAUGUGUUCCGUCCAAAUGGCACAUAUGUGAUGCAAUCUAAGGGAAAGAUUGGAUCAACUGUUAUGCGUGGUCCUUUAAUAGACGAAGUUCAUCAACAGAUUAAUUCAUGGAUAUCUCAGAUCACAAGAGUUUACAAGAAUAAGGAGUAUGUUGAAGUUGAAUACACGGUUGGACCUAUACCUGUUGAAGAUGGGUUUGGAAAAGAAGUUGUGGCUAAAUUGUCUACAGGCAUGCAUUCAAAUAAUACAUUCUACACUGAUUCAAAUGGGCGUGAUUUUAUUGAAAGGAUUCGUGAUUAUAGAUCAGACUGGAAUCUGCAAGUAAAUCAACCAGUUGCUGGAAACUAUUAUCCUAUUAAUCUUGGAAUAUAUUUGCAUGAUGAUAUCAAUGAGUUCUCCGUGUUGGUGGAUAGAUCUGUUGGAGGGUCUAGCAUAUUGGACGGUCAAAUAGAGCUUAUGCUUCACAGGCGCUUGCUCAAAGAUGACGGUAGAGGUGUUGCAGAGGCCCUAAAUGAAACAGUUUGUGCUCAAGACAAGUGCAUGGGCUUAAUUGCCCAAGGAAAAUUUUAUUUCAAAAUUGACCGUUUAGGAGAGGGUGCUAAAUGGAGACGUUCGUUUGGACAGAAGCUGUACUCUCCACUUCUCUUGGCCUUCAGUGAGCAGGAUGAUGAUAACUGGUUAAGUUCUCACAUACCCACAUUUUCGGGAAUGGAUUCUUAUUAUAGUUUACCUGAAAAUGUUGCUAUGAUAACUCUUCAGGAGCUUGAUGAUGGAAAAAUCCUGCUGCGAUUAGCACAUCUAUAUGAGGUUGGAGAAGACAAGGAUCUUUCAAGCAAAGCAAAUGUCGAAUUGAAAAGACUUUUCCCAUUGAAGAAGAUUGGCAAAGUAAUGGAGACAAACCUUUCGGCAAAUCAAGAGCGUGAAGAAAUGGAGAAGAAGAGACUGGUGUGGAAGUCUCAAGGUUCUUCUGCUCAGGCAUCCAAAGUGACUAGGGGAGGACCAAUCGAUUCUGCAGAGCUGAUUGUAGAACUCGGUCCAAUGGAAAUUCGUACUUUGCUGAUUGAAUUCAGCCACAAGUCUGACGGAGUAUUUGAUGCUUGAAAAUCAGGUAUAAUGACUACUAGGCUUGUUUCUGGCAAUGUAGUUACUUAUUCUAUUUUGCACUUUGACAAACUAUGCUGGGAUGAAAGCCACUAAUGCAUGUAUGUAGAGUUGUUAACACUCCUGUACCGAAUAAAGAUAUGACUGACUAUUGAAUAAAGAUUCAAAGCCUACUUGCCCUUUAUUGUAAGAGACUAGUCGUAAAGUUGUGAUUCAGUCAGUGUGAUGCACUCGCGUCAUCUUGCAAUG